UCAACAUAACUCUUUGUUGACAGCGAAAAGUUCCGAAAACUAGAACGAUAAGUGAUUUUCUUGCUAUUGUCUUGCUCUAAAACAAUGACGGAACAAAUAAAGUUCAUCGUGAAGGAGAUAAACGCAAGUUUGGGGCGGAACUACGACUUGAUAAAGUUUGACGCCUUGGAUGAAAAACAGUUAUUGCAGCUGCUCGUCGAUUUACUCGUAGCCUUUAAUGCAGGCGAGAAGUUGGACGUUUGCGACGACGACCCCGAGACCGUGUCGGUCCGUCUGCUGGAGAUGCUCGGCAGUGUCAAGUACCGGCCGCCGGCGGGCGAGGAUCCGCCGAGGUUCCGGGCCCUGCUGCUCGCGGGUGACGCCAACACCGUCCACCACGUGCUGUACUGGCUGCUAGCCAACAAGGAGCACGUCACUAACACCGCUUACCUGGCCAAAUAUUUGAAGAUACCAGAUAUACCAACCGACGUAGCACGUAAUAAUACGAUCCAAGAUUUACUGGACUUGUACCAGAAUCUGAUAGAUGAAUUCAAAGAGGUGCACAAGCGCACAAGGAUGUUACAGAAGGAAAAUGCGUCUGAAAUCAUUAAUGAUAUCAAGGAGAUGGCGGUCGAGCGCGAUAUAGUUAUUAAGCGAUUAGAGAACGUGCAAGUUAAUCUGACAGACAUAGGCAAUAAGGAAGAGUUGAUGAAUAUAAGCAAGGCUCUAAGGGUUCAACAGGAAAUGACGAGCACACUGGAGCACCAGUAUGAGACUCAACAAGCCCAGUUGAAAGCCGCCUCGGACCAAUUGAAAAGAUAUUUAAAUGUCAUACAUGGGCAAAGUGCGGCGCCGAAAACUGUAAACGACGUGAUUAAACGUCUGAACGAGGAAAUUCAGCUGAACAGUUACCUCGUGAAAGAGAAACUGCCGCAAGAGGCUGCGCACCUGCAGAAAGAGCUGAAUAUUAUGCAAACUAUUGCCAUGGAGCAACAUCCCACUCGGUCGGAUUUAAUGGCUGUGCAAGACAAGAUAGCAGUGGUCAACAGUGAAAUUGAACAGCUCGUGCAGCGUCGCUUGGCAUCUUCUACGCCGCAAGAAGACAAGCUGGCGCCGUUCCGGCAGCAGGCGGCGGUGAUUCGGCGCAAUAAGGACGCCAGUGCCGCGCGCGCCGAUGAGCUGGCAGCGUCCCUGCGCGAGCAUGAGGCCACUCUGGCGGACUUGCAGUCUCAGGUACGCCACCUUCUCGGAGACACAAUCCUCAGAGGAGAGGAGUUAAAGAAAUACGUCAACACGCUACGCACUAAGAGCACAAUAUACAAAAGACAGAGGGCCAACUUAUCAACGUUUAAGGUCGAGGCGGGAAUCUUAACGCGGACGCUACAUCUCCUGAGCGCCGCCGAUCCUACCGUGGAAUUGGCUCUAGUGAAUCACAAGAAAACGAAGAUUGAAGACGAUGACGCCGCAGAAAAAGAACUUAAGUCCGCGGAUUUAGAAAAAAAAUCUUUACAUGACUUAUCACAGUUAGUGGCUCAAACAGCUCAGAAAGUGUCUCAAGUGCGCCAAGAAAUACAACCGCUCGCGGACAAAAUAAAACCGAUAAAAGAGCAAUUUCAAUCAGUACAGCAGCAAUACGACCAGAAGAAGCGCGUUUACGAAGCUACCGCCAUCAACAUUACUUCGCAAAUGGAGCCAUUCAGGAAUCAAGUGAAAGAGUUGACUUACCAACUGAAUAGUAAGGAGGAGGAAUGGAAAAACUUGCGACAAAAGAUAACAAAAGCCGAAAGUUUACAAGAGGUUGUGAUGUUUGAGAUGAAAAACUCAAUGCAAUCCCCGCGGAGGCCCUCUAAAACCGAGACUUUGAUGAAAAAGGUUGCUGAUAUGGAGCAAAUUGUAAAGAGCUUGGAGGAGGAACAGAAGGUGAUCAGUUCCCGUCAAGGCGUAGUGGAAGAACAGACGCGACUGUGGGAGAACACGCUAGAGCUGUUGCGUUGCAAGCUACAUGCGCGGACGCAGCCUUCUGCGCGCCAGGGCCGCAUGCACAUCACGCAGCACUCGCAGAUGCUUACCCUGACAUAA